AGUUUUUCUCCCCUCUGAACACUGCGUUCGUUUCAGAAUCGUUUGCGCUGUCUCAACUCCCAGUGGGAAGUUCCCGUGUUGUCGUCUUCGUUCAUUUUACGACAGAGUACUUUAUUAUAAGAUUUAAGUCUGUUGUUGAACUGCCGGCGAAGAACUGUGAAGAUUGAUCACAAACCACAAUACUGGUUGUUUCGAACUUGUUCGCUUGGAUAGUAACAUGCAAAUUAUGAUGGAUGUCCUUGCAAUGUUUGUGACAAAUCUCCUCGGUGUCGUGGCCUUGUGGUCAACCGUGCUGGCCGCUCCCAGUGGCCGCAAUCUGCAGGCAUUACUGGACGCAUCGAAGAUCGUGGAUCUGUCUUACGCGUACAACGACGCCACCAUCUACUGGCCCAAUCUGGAGCCCCUCAAUGCCACUUUCUCCCUAACAGCGCUGUGGGACCAGCAGGAGAAGGGGUAUUACUAUCGCUCCAAACUGUUCCGAUCCGCCGAACACGGCGGCACCCAUCUGGACGCGCCGGCGCACUUUGCCAAAGAAGGGAAAGACGUUUCGCAGCUGGAAGUGAGCCAGCUGUUUGGACCGGCGGUGGUGGUCAAUGUCUCGGCACAGGUGCGCGAUAAUCCCGACUACCAGGUCAGUCUGCAAGACAUCCGCCAAUGGGAGGCGCAGUACGGCGCGGUGCCGGAUGGGGCGUUCGUACUGAUGUACUCCAACUGGGAUUCGGCGCGCUACCCUCAGAAAGCCAAGGUGUUCGGCAGUGAGAACUACAGCGAUGUAUCCACGCUGCAUUUUCCUGGCUUUCAUCCGGAUGCAACUCGCUUCUUGGUGAAGCGCAACAUUCGAGGCAUCGGAGUGGACACGCCCUCGACAGACUACGGCCAAUCCAAGGACUUCCCUACUCAUGUCAUCCUGUCGACGCAUAAUCGGAUCGGUCUGGAGAACGUGGCCAACCUGGAACGGGUGCCGGCCAGUGGCGCCCUCCUCCUGGCGGCUCCGCUGAAGAUCGAAAAGGGCAGUGGCGCACCUGUUCGGCUCUACGCCUUUCUGCCCUGAUCGCGCAGUUUUGAUCCUUACGCUUGUGUUUGUGUAUAAAUCUUCCAUUUGACGGUUUUUAGACAAACCAGAUACUCUGUAAUGUGACGAUAUUCUCCAUCACCAAGUUCACAACGACUCCGCCGUAUCCUGAGUGCGAUGCACGUUUUCAGAUUUGUUAAGUCAUUGAACUGUUAUUCCGCAGUUGCGCUUUUAACUGUCGUCGUUAGUGGAGAAACGAAUGUUUCUGAUGCUUUUUUGUCCGAACAUUACUACUUACUGGUCAAAGAUUAUCAAUUAGAUUUAAAUUCACGUCUUCAGAAUGGCAAAUAAAUUUUAGG